AUGGCGACGCUUCUUCGGGAUCCCCGAAUCCAGGACUACGACAUUAUCGCCAUCCAGGAGCCUUGGAAAAACCCCUUCACUGACACAACACACCACCCGGCGAAAGACCUCUUCCACCUGUGCUACCCCGCCAUGGAUGAGGGAGAAUCAGCCAGGGUGUGCUUUUUCAUCAGCAAGCAUCUCGACCACUCCAGGUGGCACUUCAGAGCCACCGGCAGAGACCUAUGCACUCUGAUACUGGAGACGAAUACCGAAGACAGCAGCAAAAUUGCCAUACAUAACGUAUACAACCCCCAUCAGCGGCAAGAGAACCGACGAAGCACGCUGCCCCGGCUGAGGCAAGAGAUGCAGAACCUGCAGCGGGCAGAACAAAUCGUCAUAGGAGACUUCAAUCUGCACCAUGAACAUUGGGGAGGAAAUAGAGUACGACAUGCGGAUAACGAAGCAGACGAGCUGCUUGAACUUAUGGAUGAAUUCGGUUUGACUAGUCACCUCUCCACGGGAACCAUCACAUUCCAGGAAGCCGACCGCGCAUCUACAAUCGACCUGAGCUUAUCGACCAUAGGCCUGGUCGACAGACUGAUCAAGUGCGAAAUAGAUAAUGACAUCGAUCAUGACUCAGACCAUCUACCAAUUGUCACCUCGCUAGACCUCACCGUCACUCAGCUCCAGCCCAAGAUGAGGCUGAAAUGGAAGGCAAUCGACGAAGCAGUCUUCACCAAAACGCUGAGACAACAGCUUCCACCUCUACGGAGACCGCGGACAAAGACAGCUUUAGACACAUACGUCCAGGAGAUCACCACAGCCAUCAAUGCAGCCAUUGAAGCCGGGGUGCCACGCUGUCACACGACAUCAAAGUCGAGACCAGGCUGGAACGAAGAAUGCUCGGCAGUCCUUGCAGAAACGAAGCGACUUCGUCGAAUAUACAGCCGCGAACAUACAGAGGAAAGUUGGGAAUCGUAUCGCAAAGCAAGGAAUAGAAAGAAGAGACUCAUUGGCAGAGCAUUGCGGCAAUCGCAUCGCGAAAGAGUGGAACAAGCGGCGGAGUCGCCGGAGUCUCUUUGGCGCAUAGCCAAGUGGGCACGGAACAGACAAAGCCAAACAUCUGCCAUCACGCCGGCCCUCCAGGAUCCCGCAACUGCAGAAGCUGCCAUUACGCCAAACGAAAAGGCCGAGCUGUUCCGGAAAGUGUUCUUCCCUACGCCACCGGACGCCAAUUUAGAUGACAUUGAUACAGCCGUUUACGCCGACCAGAUUAGCCUGCCACCAAUCGCGGAACAAGAAGUCGAAGAUGCACUCCGCAAUGCGGCGCCGCUCAAGGCACCGGGGCCGGACGGCAUCGUGAACCGAGCCUUGCAGAUUGCAUCGCCGUGGAUCCGACAACAUUUGACCCGAAUUUUCAACCAGAGCCUGUCACUCGAGUACUGCCCGCAACACUUCCGACACUCCACCACGGUCGUCAUACGAAAACCAGGGAAAGACAAUUACAGUGUGCCGAAAUCCUACAGACCCAUCGCCCUACUGAACACCAUCGGCAAGGUCAUGGACGCCAUUAUCGCGACGAGACUGAGCUACAUAGCGGAGACUUACCACCUGCUUCCUGCGACCCACAUGGGUGGUCGGAAACUGAGAUCCACGGAACACGCACUGCACUACAUCAUCGACAAGAUAUACAACGCCUGGAACAAAGGCGGAGGCAUGGUCGCCAGCCUUCUACUGCUGGACGUCUCCGGAGCGUUCGACAACAUCUCACACAGACGUCUACUCCACAAUCUACGGAAGAGAAGAGUCGACGAGAAGACGGUUCGCUGGAUAGCGAGCUUCCUGGGGGAGAGGCAGACGGAACUAUGCAUAGACGGAUUCCACUCCGAACCAUACAAGCUGACUACAGGAGAGCCCCAAGGCUCACCGCUAUCACCUAUCCUCUACCUCUUCUACAACGCCGAUUUGCUAGACAGAUGUAACCAAGACGAGAACACAGCCGCUACGGGCUUCAUCGACGACGUCGCCAUCUUGGCGUGGGCCAAAACCACGGAAGAGACCUGCAUACUGUUGCAAGCGGCACUCCGCGAAGCGGAAGACUGGGCAUCUAGCCAUGCGUCUGUCUUUGCACCGGACAAGUUCCAACUCACUCACUUCACAAGAGCAAAGUCCAGAAUCGACACCAGCACACCGCUACAAACCAGAUGGGGCGAAAUUAAGCCAAAGCCAACAUGCAAAUACCUGGGCGUAACGAUGGACAGCAAACUACGAUGGAGACAACAUAUCGACGAAAUGGAGCGAAAAGUGUCGAAGACAAUCGCAGCGCUGAGCUGCCUCGGAAAUUCAGCUUGGGGGGUCCGCACGAAGGAUAUGCGCACCAUCUACCGAGGCGUUGCCGUACCGCAAAUGAUGUACGCGUGCUCGGUCUGGUCCAACGCUGGUUGGCCCGAUAGUGGCUACACGCAAAAGACGUUACGGAAAGUACAGAGUUUACAGGGCAGAGCUGCUAGGGUGAUGAGCGGUGCAUACAAGGCAACCUCGCUACCGGCACUGGAUGUUGAGAUGCACCUCCUCCCAGUCGAGCAGCAAAUAUGGAAGCAUAACAUUGAAGCGCUCGACCGAAUCAGCACACCGUCAUCAGGACCGACCAGACAAGCGCAACAAAGACGAACAAAGACCAGCCCCCGCCAGGCAAUACAGAAAACGAUCCAUGGCAGAGAAGUGAAUAACUGGACUCAAGAGCAGAUAGACCCAUUUGUUGCUCCACCGUGGUGGCAAGGGCCACAAACUUACAUCGAAGAGACAGCAGACGAGGCUCGCAAGAAGCACCUUGCCCUCUUACUACGGGAAAAAGCAGCCCUCCACAUAUACACCGACGGAAGCGGCAUCAACGGUCAGAUCGGCGCGGCAGCAGUCUGCCCAACAAUACAGCAGACGCGAAGCUCAUACAUGGGAACCGAAGAUGUCUCGACGGUCUAUGCCGGCGAGCUGCAGGGCAUCUCGCUAGCGCUCGAUAUCGCACAACGAGAUCGAGGCGAAGGAUACCGACGCAACAAGGUCAUCAUCUACACCGACAAUCAGGCAGCCAUCCGCUCUUCAGCCAAGCCCAAAGGUAAACCUGGGGCCUACCUACUGAAGAAGAUCGUAUUCCAGACGACAGCACUGCAGGAACAAAAAUUGCCGAUUGAGAUACGAUGGGUCCCGGCCCACGCCGGAGUGCAAGGCAACGAAGAUGCGGACAGGGCAGCCAAAGAAGCCACAGGAUGGCGCGAGAGAGGAGCACCGGGGCCGCGAGCAGAGAUGCCCACGGAGCUUUACUCUCUCCGUUCCACACGGAAGACAUGGACACACAAAGAAGCCCACAAGGCCUGGGCGGCAAGGUGGGCGGCGGAGACGCGAGGUAGGACCUCGUACCGCUACACGCCCAGGCCGAACAAAAAGGUCCUACGGCUGCACGACGGACUGAGUAAGCGCCAGAGCGCGCUUCUUGUCCAGUUGCGUACAGAGAAGAUAGGACUCAGAGACUUCCUCUUCAACCGAAGAGCGCCGGAUGCCACGGACGCCAAUUGCCCAUGCCGGGAAGGACGCCAAACGGUAUCGCACGUCCUGCUGCGAUGUCGCAAGUAUCGACAACUCCGGCGCCAGGAACUAGGCCCCCUGCCAGGACGACACGACCUCCGGGACCUAUUGCGCGAGCGCAAGGCAGCCGCAAAGGCCAUCAAGUUUAUGGAACUGACGGAGAUCCUUGGGCAAUUCAGGAUCGAGUCCCACACCAGACAAAGCUGA